AUGGUCGCCUCAGACGUGGAAGCGCCAUUGCCGGCUUUGUCCCAAUAUCAGACGAACUAUGAGGAUGAAAAGGUCGAUUUUCUUGUGCAGGAAGAUCCCGAUGCUGAUGAGGAAUACACGCUUGCUGAGCAGCGAAACAUUAUUCAUAAGGUUGAUAGGAGGUUACUUAUUUUGCUGGGGUUGAUGCAAGCGGUUUCAUUUUUGGAUCGGGCGAAUAUCUCCAAUGCGGCAGUUGCAGGGAUGGAAGCGCAAUUAGAACUGGGUGUUGGGACACGUUAUUCCAUCAUUUUACUUGUUUUCUUCGCCCCUUAUAUCGUCCUCCAAUUCCCAGCUUCGAUCGCCGUUCGCAAAGUUGGACCUCGUCUUUUCCUAUCCACAAUUGUUUUCCUCUGGGGUAUUGUGAUGAUUUGCUUCGCAUUCGUCCAAUCCUGGAAAGCCCUCAUCCCCCUUCGAAUGAUCAUCGGUGCUCUCGAGGCAGGCUGCUUCCCCAGUCAAUACUAUCUCAUUUCUGCUUGGUACUCUAGAUAUGAUCUUUUCAAGCGAACCUCCGUUUUCUACCUCAUCGGCGUCUUCGGAUCCGCUAUCUCGGGUGUCCUGGCACUGGGAUUUUCCAAAAUGGAUGGAUUGGGCAACUAUGCUGGCUGGCGAUGGAUCUUCAUCAUGGAAGGAAUUUUAACCUGUCUGAUCGGACUCGCCGGAUACGUGUUCAUGGUUGAUUUCCCCGAACAAGCGCACAAGGCAUGGGGAUUUCUUACCGAGCGCGAAAGCGCAUACAUCACCCGUCGCAUCAACCGUGACCGUCAAGAUGCCGGACUGGAUAAAUUCUCAUUUUCCAAAUUCCUCAAGCCGGCUCGCGAUCUGAAAGUUUGGGGUUUCGCCUUGAUCUUCCUAUGCACAACAAUGCAGGCAUACUCGAUCGGCUACUUCCUCCCUAUCAUCCUCGAAGACGAGAUGGGUUUCUCCAAAGCAGCCACCCAAGGUCUCAGCACACCCCCCUACAUCAUCGCCAUGAUCCUCAUGUUCGUUCAGGGCUGGUUGAGUGAUAAAUUCCAGCUCCGUUUCCCAGUGCUUUAUUUCAACGCCAUGAUCUCCAUAAUUGGUCUCUGUCUUAUGGUCUGGACAUCUACGGCGGGUGUACAGUAUUUCGGUGCUAUUCUUGUGACAAGUGGUUCCAGCGCCAAUCUACCGACCGUCAUGGUGUUCCAGGCGAAUAAUAUCCGUGGCGCUUGGAAGAGAGCAUUCUGUAGUGCUAGUAUGAUUGGACUUGGUGGAACGGGUGGAAUUGUUGGAAGUCUUGUUUUCCGGUCGCAGGAUGCGCCGAAGUAUCUGCCUGGCAUUUAUGCCUGUUUAACGGCCAACGGAAUUAUUCUCCUCCUGACGACCCUUUUGGUUGUUUAUUUCUCCUUGCAGAAUAAACUGGCCAAUCGGGGGAUGGUUGUUAUCGAGGAUCUACCCAGCUUUAGGUAUGCACUCUAA